CACGAGUCGCAAUCGGAACCUGCUGUGAAACGGUCGCCAACCAACAACGCGCUAUAAACAACUCGUUAUUAAACGAUUUAAAUCAAAAAUCUCUGAACCACAACAUGGAUAUUCCCUCCAUAGCCAUGCACUGAGAAAAAAGCAAAGGUCUUGUAACAGAGUGAGAGUUGGUGCCUCGAGAUUCGAUGAGUGAUAGUGAGUGCAGCCUUGAUUUAGCCGCUGAAUGAGUUAACACUCGGUUUAGAUUGUGUCUUGGCCCUUAUCUAACUACCAUACGUAGAAGAUCUAAUCGCAAUCGUACUACGAUAACCACUGAUAAAGUUUAAAACAAAACGCAAAAGAACUUGAAAAGAAAACAAAUGCAAUAUUUGUUUAAAAGACACGAGUAGACCGACAAAAUUAGUUCACAAAUUGGCUAAUGCAAAUUUGGAUUGCUCAAUUUUUGUUAUUCAAAAAAUAAAAUAAUACUGAAAACUUUAUGUGAUAUAAAGUUCAAAGUGCGCCCCCCAACUCGAGUGCAAGUGGAACUACAUGACAAUUAGACAUCCAGCAACGGCAUCUAAGGGAAUCACAAACAGCAACAAAAUGACAAACUGCCAAAGUUCAGUGUUCAUAGUCGUAGGGACCCUGCUUUCCAUUCUGGUAGCAGCGCAAUCGGCACCCGUUUCCACCACCACACAGGCAGAGAUCUACCUGUCCCAGUUCGGCUACCUACCCGCCUCGGCUCGCAAUCCGGCCAGCAGUGGCCUCCACGACCAACAGACCUGGGUGAGCGCCAUCCAGGAGUUCCAGAACUUUGCCGGCCUGAACAUCACCGGCGAGCUGGAUGAGGAGACCAUGAAACUGAUGUCCCUGCCCCGAUGCGGUGUGAGGGAUCGUGUGGGCACUGGAGACAGUCGCUCCAAGAGGUACGCCCUGCAGGGCAGUCGCUGGCGCGUCAAGAACCUCACCUACAAAAUCUCCAAGUACCCGAAGCGAUUGAAGCGUGUGGAUGUGGAUGCUGAGAUUGCCCGCGCCUUCGCCGUCUGGUCCGAGGACACCGAUCUAACCUUCACCAGGAAAACCUCCGGCCCAGUUCACAUCGAAAUCAAAUUCGUGGAGAGCGAGCAUGGUGAUGGCGACGCCUUUGACGGACAGGGCGGCACUCUGGCCCACGCCUUCUUCCCAGUUUUCGGAGGAGAUGCCCAUUUCGACGACGCCGAGCUCUGGACCAUUGGAUCGCCCCGUGGCACCAAUCUCUUCCAGGUGGCGGCUCAUGAAUUCGGUCACUCCCUGGGACUGUCCCACUCCGAUCAGAGUUCCGCAUUGAUGGCUCCCUUCUAUCGCGGCUUCGAGCCCGUUUUCAAGCUGGACGAGGACGACAAGGCAGCUAUCCAGUCCCUGUACGGAAGGAAGACCAACCAACUGAAGCCCACAAACUACUAUCCGCCCACCACCCUGCGUCCGUCGUUCACACCACCUAAGGUUCCGCUUGACGACUCCAUCUGCAAGGACUCCAAGGUCGACACGCUCUUCAACUCGGCGCAGGGUGAUACGUACGCCUUCAAGGGCGACAAGUACUACAAGCUGACCACAGACUCCGUCGAGGAGGGCUAUCCCCAGCCCAUCUCCAAGGGCUGGCCGGGACUGCCGGGCAACAUCGAUGCCGCCUUCACGUACAAGAACGGCAAGACGUACUUCUUCAAGGGCACCCAGUACUGGCGGUACCAGGGACGUCAGAUGGACGGCGUUUACCCCAAGGAGAUCAGCGAGGGAUUCACCGGCAUUCCGGAUCACAUCGACGCGGCUAUGGUUUGGGGAGGCAACGGCAAGAUCUACUUCUUCAAGGGCAGCAAGUUCUGGCGCUUCGACCCGGCCAAGAGGCCACCGGUUAAGGCCAGCUACCCCAAGCCCAUUUCCAACUGGGAGGGAGUACCAAACAAUCUGGAUGCUGCGCUCAAGUAUACGAAUGGGUAUACCUACUUCUUCAAGGGCGACAAAUACUACCGAUUCCAUGAUGCCCGAUUUGCGGUGGAUACGGCCUCGCCUCCAUUCCCCAGACCCACCGCCCACUGGUGGUUCGGCUGCAAGAACACGCCAUCGUCCACAGGUAAUAUCGUGGAGGGUUCGGACUCUGAGUUCGAACAGCACGCCCUCAUCCCGCAUGCCGACGAUGGCAACGGUGGUGACUUCGACGCAGCCGUUGGCGAUCAUCAGUCGAACGAUGAGCCUCUGGAACCGGAAACGGCCGAGCGAACCGGAAACGGUGCCAACUCGCUGAACAAAGUAACGAGUAGCUCUGCCGUCAACACUGUGAUCACAACCAUCCUGAUGUGCCUUGUCUCCAAACUCAUCGUUAGCUAAAAGAGCCUCAGAUCCGUAGUAACCAAUCAAUAGGCAUUGCAUUUUGUCAACCACACGAACAAAAUUAUCACCAACUGGAGUAAAGUUUCUAAAACUUUACCGCAUGUUGGACACUAAACGGAAAUUGCUUGAAUUUCAAAUGCGUACCGUCGACAUAUCGAGCAAAAACGAUGAGAGGAAAUCCAAAUCGGAGUAGAAAUUAGAAUUAUAAAAAUAAAUACGAGAAAUACAAUUCGAAAUCAAACGGAAUAUCAAUUGUAAAUUGAGCGAUCAGCAUGUGAAACAGGUGCCUUAUCAAAUACAUUUUGUUGUUGUGUAAAUAAAAUCAGCCUUAAAUAUAAUAAAAUAGUUUAUAACAUUCCGCAUUCGAAACGACACACCUAUCAGGAGUCAUGUCAUAGCAGAAAUUCUUUAUGUACUGUAUGUAGUUUUUUGGUAAUGACAAAUUGCGAUAUUAAAUUUAACGAGCCAUACACAAAAAUAAUACAAAAACAAAUAUUGGAUAAAACAAAAUUUAAUACUGAACGAUUCAAAAUGAGAACAUUGUACUUUAGUUUAGAUAUAAUUGUUGAUGUGCGCAUAUGGAACAUGAACUCCCGAAAGUUCCUAAAAAUGUGCUACAAUUUUGCAAACUGUAAAUGUUUUUAAGUUUUUCUUUCAAAGCACGAUCGAUGCGCGUCCUCCUGACUUGACCACAUAUAAACUAAUAUGAAAAUCAUCAUCGAGUACAUAUGAUUAUUGUAUAAGUGAUAUUUAAGCCAGUCCCUUAAGCGAUAUUUGUUCGGGUUUAAUAUUUAAAACCGAAAUAUUAUUUAACUUAUGUAUUAUUAUGUAUAAUUUUAUUUUGUAUACCAUAAUUGUACGCUGAAACUAAGAGAAAUUGAAGAAAAACAAAACAAUAACAAAUAAAAAAGAAACUAAUAA